CUUAUCAUUCUCCUUCUUUUCCCAAUUUAUAUCUCUUAUCUAUGCCCAAAUCAGAAAAAUUGCCUAAAUAUUUAAAUAAGUGAUUCAGCUAAAAUUUUAAUUCUUUUGGUGAUCCAUUUGUUGUAGAUUGUUUUUAUUCAUAAAUUAAGGAUGUCAGUUGACUGGUUCGGGUAUAUAUAUGCUGGAGCAGUGGCUGCUGGUGGAAUUUUAGGUUAUUAUAAAAAAGGAUCUGUACCUUCGCUGGCAGCAGGAUUGCUGUUUGGAAGCGUGUUGACAUAUGGCGCUCAUCAGGUUAGUCAGAAUCCUCCUAAUUAUACUGUACAAUUGAUUGGAAGUUCCAUUUUAACUGGUGUGAUGGGGUACCGCUUUUACAACUCAGGAAAAGUCAUGCCAGCAGGACUUGUGACUUUACUGUCACUGGCAAUUAUUGGAAAAAUCGCUUUCCAAUCUGUCAGCAGCAUUAAAACAUGAAUCCAUUAUAUAUUGUACAUAUAUAAACAGAAAGUUAACUUAGUUAAGUCAAAUGGAAAACAGAAUUAUAUCGUGCCAACUUAAAUUGUGUUUUUGAAUUGUUUGUUAAAAUUAUUAACUGAUAUGACCCUCAAAAUAUUAUGGACAACUUGA